CUUACUUUCUUUCUCUCUCCUUCCCCCCCUCCUCCCCUUCUCUCCCUCUCUGGCUCAGGUGUUGGUCUUGAUCCAACUGUCAGUAUAAAAGUUUGGAAGAGGUCUUCAGCGGUUCAGUCCAGAGGCUCAAAGGGUCAACCCCUCUCCUCUACCCAGCGCCACUCAGUUUAUCUUAACCAACAACCACCUUGGCAUGUGACCGGUCUGACAGAGUGUGACACAUCUGGCACUUCUUCUCUGAGCCUGUGCCGUCUGCUCAGCACCUGACUGCCUGGCACUGCGUCCGCGACACACCUGGACACAUCUGGGUACGUCUAAUCCAGCAGUUUAAUUUGUUAACUAAUGCUAUUUUAUGCAGGUGCAUCAAAAUGUCAAAAAUGUUAAAUCUACAAAAAAUAUAUAAAAUUAUAAUAUAUUGCCGUAGCAAAUGAGAGCCCUGACGCAAUCAAAGAACAGCAAUUAGUGUCAAUAGACCAAAUUAGAUAAUUGAACUAAUGUGCUAUACAGGCUCUUAUGAUUGGUGCAAUUACACAGGGAGAACCAGAUCCUAUCCUACAGGUCCUAUCGAUGUGGACGAGCUCUGAAACCAAGGCUAAGUACCCACUCUCUCUCAGUGGAUAGAGGAUGUGAUUGAAGUGUAUCUGAUGCCCCAUUCACACAAGUCUUCAAAUCAGGUAAAGUAAGAGGGAAGGAGAGAGAGACAGAAGUGGUGACUUCAGCAGUACAGUAACUAGGCCUUUGGAACCUGUUGUGACAGGUUUCCUUCUAUGUAUCUCAUAGCGCUCUGCUGGGCUACCGUGGGUUGGCUGAGGGCCAGACAGAAAGAGAGAAAGAGAGAGAGAGAGUGAAAGAAGAGAAAGAAUGAGCAUGAGAUUAAUGCUCUGAAGGCUGGAACCAGCCCUUCUUCCUACUACCACACUCUUCUUAGUCAAUAUAUCUUCAACAGUAUUCUUCAAAAGAAGAAUCGCUCUGUUGGAAAGUGUUCCAGGUGUUUAGGCUAAACCAUGUGCAUUGUGUGAAUCUGAUCAAUUCUUCUUCUUCCCCAGACUGGACUGGAAUGAUUGAUUGUCACCACGAGAUUCAAAUAAGAUACUGUGGCCUACUGGCAGAACAAGAUUGUUGUCGAAUCAAGGAGGAUUUCAUUCUAGGCACACCAUCAUGUCUACAGACUCUCCCAGCUCCACAUUUACACCCAGUGCCAACAGGUUCCUGACAAUGACACCAGCCCCUCAGACCUCCUCCCUACGCACCUCUGAUCCUCCAGGGUCCUCCUUCCAGCAGAUGGCGCACUCACAGUGUGAGGAGAGCAGUUCUGUGUCAUUUACCACUGCCCAGCGUGAGAGAGAGAGUGCCACCUACAGACAGAGAAAUGCCGCUGCAGAGAGCUGCAGGAGGCACAGCGUUGAUGGAGCCAUGGUGGGACAGAGUCAAAGGUCAAACUUAGGGUCAGGAACGGCUGACCGCUUCCACCCCUACCGACAUCAGUUCAGCGAUGAUGGGGUUGGCACCGGUUGCCUGGCCCCUGGUGCCCCUGGGUCUCGUACCUUCGUCUGUCUCAGAGAGGUAGAGGCUCUAGAUAGCUUCGCUGCCACACGCACAUCUACCAGUGAGGAACAGACAUCCUGGGAUCCAUACAACGGGAAUUUCCAGGCUUCCAGACUGAUGCAGGGCUCCCAGCGCUCUUACACAGAACCACAGGAUGCACCCGAGGAACCUUCCUGCUUCCUGUCCCAAGGCCACGCCUCCUACAGCCCCCUAGCCCCGCUACCGCAAUUCUCACCAGGUGUGUAUUCUACCAGUGGACAAUCCAAAAGUUCUCAGUACUCUCUCCAGUACCUCUCCACUCCAACCCAUCAGGACAGUAGCAUGCAGUCUCUCUUCCCCAAGCCCAUCUACUCAUACAGCAUCCUGAUCUUCAUGGCUCUGAGGAACAGUAAGACAGGGAGUCUCCCGGUUAGUGAGAUCUACAGGUUCAUGACUGAACACUUCCCCUACUUCAAGACGGCUCCAGAUGGAUGGAAGAACUCGGUCCGCCACAACCUGUCUCUGAAUAAGUGCUUUGAGAAGGUGGAGAAUAAGAUUGGCAACUCUUCCCGUAAGGGCUGCCUGUGGGCCCUCAACCCAGCCAAGAUAGAGAAGAUGCAGGAGGAGCUACACAAGUGGCGCCGCAAAGACCCCCUCACGGUCCGCAAGAGCAUGGCCAGGCCAGAGGACCUGGAUCGCCUGUUGGGGGAAAGACCAGAGAAGCUGAAAUCUUUACCUUCUUACCACAACCAGAUCCCUACCCCUUCCUCCUUCACAUCCCAUCCUCCAGAGCCCUGUCAUCCUCUUCGACGUCCCCUCUACCCCCACGUCCCCCCUCCCUCCCUGACAGUCCAACAGCACCCCCGCUACUUGCCCCCCACCACCCCCCAACCCUUCUCCUUCUACUCCCCCUGCAGACAGCAGCCUCUAUCGGGAAUCCCCCCCAAUGUGGGUACCCUGGGUUCCCCUCUGGCGGGGCAGACACCCCCCACCUGUAGCACCACCAUACAGGCAGAGUAUGAUGUUGGGCCCAGGAGCAUACAAGAGCUACAGCUAGAUGAAGAUGCUAGUACUGAUAUCGACACGCUCAACCCCAGCUUGACUGACCUGCAGCUCCACGGUUACUUGUGGGACGAGCUGAGAGAGGACAGCCUGGCUCCUGAUUCGCUGGUGCUAAUCAGUCCCUCCCUGUCCCCCUCCACUUCCCAGCCAACACACCUCCUCCUGGGGUCCAGUCUGAGGAGCACCGGUUCUGUCAACCAGACAUCAGAGUGGAUCUCCGACGGGCUGGGGAAGGAAGAUGAGGAGGAGAUGGGAGGAGGAUGUGGAGGUCCAUCAGACCUCCAUAUUAAUGGACAGUACCACACAGCCUACCCAGGUAUGGAGAGCUUGGCUAGUUACCUCACUUCUAUGGGGAACACCCCCAUACCUUUGCUUUGAAGCCCAGGAAUAGGGCUCCCUUCGUGGAAUAGCUCACAAAGACCUUCCCCCUGGACCUCAAGACUGUGGUUGUGAAGGUCAAGACUUAUCACAAAGGGCUCAGUUUGAAGGUGAAUGUAGCAAUGAUCACAAUCAAAUGUCAUAUUUUGCUUUGCUUUGAACAUGCAGAGCACGUUGACUCAAUUUGUCGACAAUGAGUCUGAAGAGAAUGGGGGAGCCUGGGUUCAGAUUUUAUCAUAACCGUGUUAACAAUAUGUUUUUAUUCAUAACAAUGACUUUGGCUGGGUCAAAGUCAAGACUUGACGAAUGAGAAUGAAUGUAUCCAAAAGCUCAUGACACACCUGACUGUUCAGUGUUUAGGAGUAGAGUGCAGUAUGAGCUAACUCCACACUAGAUGGCAGCAGAGAGCUGUAGUUACUGGGAACUUUAAAGUUGUAGACAGAAAUAAAGAACUGAUGACAUUUCUUUCGUAUUCUACACUACAGAGAAUCAUAUUCAUGUUCUACACAAUACAUUUCUAUGUUGAGCAUUCUGUGAAGUCCCAUUCUCCUGAAUAAGCCCCCUGGUGUGAUAUGUUCCCACUAUUGCAAUUAGCAUUUUAUACAGCUUAUGGUGACAGGAGAUGAUUCAAGCCAGUUGUUUUUUAGGUCAAAGCUAAUGAAUACAAUUACAAAAUGUGUCUCAGCAUAAUUUCUUAUACGAUACAGGGAACAUACUCACUGUUUACUCAAUUCCUUUUGCUUUCUAGAAAUAGUUUUCAAAGCUUUAUAGCUAAAUUACCAUUGAGGAUGGAAGUCUAUCAAGGCAGAGCCAGACAACUGUUCUCAGGCCUUCAUCUGGUUCCUGCACUAUCUCAUAAUAAAAAUGACAUCACCUUAGCAGACACAUUUUUCGAGAGUGUAUUUUAGUCAAAGCAUGUGUGAAAAGCCCUUUUUUCUUGUAUGACUUAACUGAGUAUAUAGUAAACUGUUUUUGAUUUAUAGCGCUUGAAUUCAUUCAUUAAAUUAUAUUCUAGUCUAGACAAUUGUUCUGUGUCUAUCUAUGCAAUUCCUUUCUUCUAAUUUCUGUCACAGAUCUAUCCAGUCAUUGUAAAACAACAUUUGUUAUACAGUGCAUUCGG